AAAGUCCUUAGCGAUUUCAAGGUCCGCGAGGCUCCAGAAAACAACCAACUAACGGGACAGCAUAAUCGACAACUGGUAUGAACACCGACUCCUACGAUCGCAGUUACAUUCGAGCAAUCACUGCGCGCGACUUUUGAAUCUUACGACUAAUCGACCGCUGCACAGAUCACCGUCACAAUGGGCGACGCAGUCAUUGAGGGUUCGAACUGGCGCCUCGUCGAGGUCGGCCGUGUCGUUGUCAUCAACGGCGACCACCCCUUCGCGGGCCGCCUGGCCACGAUCGUCGAGAUCAUCGACCACAAGCGAGUUCUCGUCGACGGUCCUUCCGCCAAGCCCGAGCUCGCCGUUCCCCGACAAGCCGUUCCCCUCAACAAGGUCCUCCUCUCUUCCCUUAUCAUCGAGGGCCUCAACCGCGGCUCCCGAACCGGCACCGUCCGAAAGGCCUGGGAGAAGGCCGAGAUCGACUCCAAGUGGGAGCAGACCAACUGGGCCAAGAAGCGGGAUCAGAUUGAGCGGAGGAAGGGUCUCACCGACUUCGACCGCUUCAAGGUUCUCCGACUCAAGAAGCAGCGACGAUUCGAGGAGCGCAAGGCUCUGGCCAAGGUCAAGGCCUCCGCAUAA